UGUAUUAUUGCAUAAACUGCAAACUAUAAAAUGUGCAGUCUUUUCCCCACUGCCAGAUGGUUCCUUUAUGAGGUAGUUCACUUUUAUAACAUUUUAGUAUGAUGUAGAAAGUGAUAUUCUGAGAUGACUUGCAGUUGGUCUCCGUUUUUAUUUGUUAUCUUUUUGAACAAUUCAGCAACUCUCCAGUUUGAUAUUUCAGCUGCAAUUUUAUUGCUAGGGUCCAAUUUAUCCUAUCAAUAGGCAGACUGGAAGAAGAACAGGAGAGGGUUUUAUUAGUAAGACAAGCACUAAGUAAAAAUAACAACGAAGUUGUAGCCUCACGGAGCAAUAGGGUUUAUGACUGCCGAUGACUACUACAAAAAGAAAGAGCAGCUUAAAAGUUGCCAAGACUAGGACAUUGUAUAAUAUACUAAAAGGUAACUAAAAGGUAAACUAGCCUUUUUAUAUACAUGUGCAAAUCCACAAUAGUGGACAAGAAGGUUAAUAACUUAAAAUAAUUUAGUUAUCCGAGACACUGGGGAUAUAUUUCUUUUCAGUGAUGUAAUGUCAAGGGACCAGGACCCCAUGGUGGUGCAGACACCUUCACGCUUGCCACCACUUCCCCCUCCAGUCAUUUGUUUGCUGCUCGAAGCCAGAUGAGAGGAGAACAAGUGGCUGGAGAUUGAGACUACCAUAAAGCAGUCGACUGUAUGACAGUUAGGCAACUGCUGACCUUUAAUUAAAAAACAAUGGGCUGGAAGUAUUCUAAUCAUCAUUAAGGAAUACAUUCUCAGUAAUGGAAUCCACCAUGCAAGCCUUCUCCUGAUUCUCCUGAACAGCCUAACUCUGCAUCAGAGUGCAACAUUCAAGACUUGAAAUGCUUGCUCUGUCUCUGGAUACCCCAGAUGUCAUAAGCUUCGUUUUCCAGCGAAAAUCAGGAAAACUCUUCAAAUCAUUUCAAUUUUUAAAUGAAUCCAUCAACAUUGUACAAUGAUCAACAUUAAGGAAGACUGCCCUAUAAACCAUGACAUAGAUCAGUAUUUGUUUCCAGUGACCUAUAUCACUGUAAUUAUAAUAAGUAUCCCAACAAACUGCAUUUCCCUGUAUGUUUCCUGUCUGCAGAUAAAAAAGAAGAAUGAGCUCGGAAUCUAUCUAUUUAACUUGUCCUUUGCUGACCUGCUGUAUACCCUGGUUCUGCCUCUUUGGGUUUAUUAUAGUCUCAAUCAUAAUAACUGGAUGCUUUCAGAAUAUGUCUGCUCUCUGGUUGCUUUCCUCUUGCACACUAACUUAUAUAGCAGCGCUGGAUUCCUUACAUGCAUCUCACUGGACCGAUACUUUGCUGUUGUUCAUCCUUUAAAGUUCAACCAAAUACGAACCAGAAAAACAGCAAUUCUUGUCAGCGUUGUUGUUUGGCUAAUACAGCAUUUAUCAAAUGCAUUUAUUCUAAUCAAAAGUGAGCUUUUCAAUAGCACAGGUGACCUUGUAUGUUAUGACGUCUUCCCAAUGGAACAAUGGAAAUCUACUUUUAAUCUCAUCCAUAUAUUUAUUGGCCAUUUGCUUCCCCUAUGCAUUAUGGUCCUUUGUUACCAGAGGAUAUUUGCUGCAGUUAAAAAAAAUCAGGCCACCGAUGACAGUGAGAAACAGAAAAUCAAGCAACUGCUCCUCACCAUCAUAGUGACAUUUGUCAUCAGUUUUACUCCAUAUCAUGUUGUGCUGUUUAUAAGGUGUAUCGGGGAACCGGAAAACUGCCCGUUUGCUAAAAACAUGUUUGUGCCUUACAAAUUAACUCUGGCACUUACAAGCAUUAACUGUGUAGCAGACCCGUUUCUGUACUGCUUUGUCAGCGAAGCUGGAAGGGCAGAUGUUAGGACAAUAUUACAUUGCUGCGGCAAGCAAACUGAGCCAUCACAAAAAUCUGACAUCAUGAUGACUGCAAUGACGCCCCCUUACAACCAGGAGAAUGUGUGAAGUGACAUUUUGUACUGCGGAAGGCUGCACCCACAGCACGUUAGUAGUUUAUAAAAUACGUAUGUUAAAUGUUACCUAAACCACCUAUGUAUGUCAUAUAAUAAAUGUCAGUGGAUAUGUGCUAGGUUA